AUGAUUGGCGACACCCUCCGAGACCUGAGGACGCUCAUUGUCAGCAAGUUCAAGAAAGAUCAUGUUGCUCCAGUUCCUGAUCACGAGCCCAAGAAGGCAGCUGGCCGGCCACCCGUAUAUGUCAGUCAGCCCGAUUCAGCACCCUACUUGCCCUGGAGACAAGAACUUAACGAGCCGGAAUAUGGUCAGUGCUGGUGCUUCGACAUUGCGUGGAUGGUGCAAAUGGCCAAGGCUUCCGGU